UCUCAGUUGUCAUGGUCGACUGACGGCAUGUUAGCGACUGCAGCACUGUAAGCUGUUGUUCUUUAGCAUUUUCCAGAUGUUGAGACGAGUGUUCCUGAGUCCCCAGCUGCUAAACACAGUCCGUCUCACCUGGAACCACAGAAAUUUAUUCACCAUGCAGCUAAAAACCAAGGAGUUUCAGUCAUUGUUCAGCGAUGGAUUGAAUACAUUAGCAGAGAUUUUUCAAAAGCACCAGUUUGAGAUCAGGAUAGCAGGAGGAGCAGUGCGAGACCUUCUGUCUGGAAAACGACCUGAAGAUGUGGAUUUUGCAACUACAGCAACACCUGAGCAAAUGAAGAAUAUUUUUCAGGCUGCUGGGAUCAGGAUGAUCAACAACAAGGGAGAGAAACAUGGAACUAUCACUGCCAGGGUACAUAAUGAAAACUUCGAGGUCACCACUCUGCGUGUAGACGUGCAAACGGAUGGACGGCAUGCAGAAGUAGAGUUCACUACAGAUUGGCAGAAAGAUGCCGAACGCAGAGACCUCACAAUUAACUCCAUGUUUCUUGGUCUAGAUGGAACUCUGUAUGAUUAUUUCCAAGGCUAUGAGGAUCUUCAAAACAAAAAGGUUCGUUUUGUUGGAAAUGCUGCACUCAGAAUCCAGGAGGACUACUUGCGAAUUCUCAGAUAUUUCAGGUUCUAUGGCCGUGUGGCGUCUGAGCCAGGACAGCACGAUCCAGAGACAUUGGAGUCGAUCCAGAAAAAUGGUCGAGGCCUGGCAGCAAUAUCAGGGGAGAGGAUCUGGGUGGAGCUGAAGAAAACACUUGUGGGAAACCAUGCUGCUCACCUGCUGGAGCUCAUUUAUAAGCUAGACCUGGCACAGUACAUAGGUCUACCAGCAGAUGGCAAUGUUGAGGAGAUGAAGCAGGUGUGCCAGAGGGCUCAGGACAGAUCCCCUAAACCCAUGACUGUACUCGCAGCUUUGUUCCGUGUCUCAGACAAAGUGGAAAAGCUAGAUCUCCGACUAAAGAUCUCUAGAGAAGAGAAGACCCUUGGCCUCUUUUUGGUCAAACACAGACGAGAUCUUUUUAAAGGGAAAGACGAGGAUGAUAGCCUGAAGCCAUUCACAGACUUCAUCAUCGAUUCUCGAGAGCCAGAUGCCCAAAGCAAAGUGAUAGAACUGUUAAAGUACCAGGGUGAGGAAAAGCUUCUGAGUGAACUGAGUCACUGGUCCAUACCCCGUUUCCCUGUCAGUGGGCAUGAUCUACGUCGCAUGGGCAUCACCUCGGGCAAGGAGAUUGGCUCGACUCUGCAGGAGCUGCGGGAUAUCUGGAAGAAGAGUCGCUACCAGAUGAGGAAGGAAGAACUACUAAGCACCAUUUGUAGGUCCUGAUGUAAGACAAAGGUGACUAUUGAUGCCAGUGGCAGGACUGGCUGUAUUGGUACCUUGGAUUUAAUAACCUACUAUUUUAGGAGAGCAGUAGGUUUAGUUUGUUUCUACCUCUAAACUGUUAAAAGCUAUCCUGAUGAUGGCCUGUAGGUGUGUGAAGAGUUCUUGAAAGUCGCUCUCUGUAAAGUUUCACGAUGGCCCUGUUUAUCAUGCAUGAGGAUUGAGUGUUGGUUAAAGCACUAUAAACAUAUCAAAGAACAGCAAGCCUCCAGGAUCUGGGAAGAAAACAAACAGAAAUAUUAACGAAAUGUUAUGGAUGAUAUGGACAGAACAUCUGUUAGCUGUUUUGUUUAUAUUCUAGCUAAAAUGGAGAGGGCUUAUAUUUGAGUUUUUCUCUUCCUCAUUUUCUAUUAUUUAUAAAAAAAAUUUGAGCAAUUCCACUGUGAAUCAUCUUUCUAGUUAUUUGCUGUAUGAUUCGUGAUAAUCUGUACAUAAUGGUUGUGCAGUUUUCAGUUGAAGAGGUCAUGCUGAAUGAGGAGCUGUUUCGCUAAUGCAGCUGGCAUAGAUACACUAACGAGCGACAAAGAUAUCCAACAGGCUUUCAGUCGGUUAUGUAACACUUCAUAUCCAGUUUUGAAGUAAACAAAAAUCCAAAACCAACAA